AUGGGGCGGCUGCUCCCUUUCACCUGGAUGCUGCUAGUAGCGGUGGUCACCCCCUGGGUCGUUGCAGCUGGAGCCAGUGACUUAGCAGAAGCAAGAAAGUGUUCUGAAUGCCACAACAACGCCACCUGCAUGAUGGAUGGGGUGGUCACAACAUGCUCCUGCCAGGCAGGCUUCACAGGCAAUGGGCUGCUGUGUGAGGACGUGGAUGAGUGUGCCACUCCGGGGACUCACAACUGCACCAAUAGCACCUGCGUGAACACACUGGGCUCGUACGAGUGCUCCUGUCAGGAUGGCUUUCGUCUGACGCCUGAGCUGAGCUGCACUGAUGUGAAUGAGUGCAUAGAGCCGGGGCUCAGUAACUGUCAUACCCUGGCCACCUGUGUCAACACGGAAGGCAACUACUCGUGUGUGUGUCCCGAGGGCUUUAGAGGGGAUGGUUGGUACUGUGAGUGUUCCCCGGGCUCCUGCGAGCCAGGGAUGGACUGCUUGCCCCAGGGCCCGGAUGGAAAUCUGGUGUGCCAAGAUCCCUGCAAUGCAUACGAGACCCUGUCUGAGUACUGGCGCAGCACAGAGUAUGGUGCGGGCUACUCGUGUGACUCUCGUCUGCACGGCUGGUACCGGUUCACAGGACAGGGUGGCGUUCGCAUGGCUGAGACCUGUGUGCCAGUUCUGAGAUGCAACACGGCUGCACCUAUGUGGCUCAAUGGCUCUCAUCCCUCGAGCAGAGAAGGCAUUGUGAGCCGCGAGGCCUGCGCACACUGGAGCGGCCACUGCUGCCAGUGGUCCACAGAGAUCCAGGUGAAGGCUUGCCCAGGUGGCUUCUAUGUCUACAACUUGACAGCGCCCCCUGAGUGCAAUCUGGCUUACUGCACCGAUCCUAGCUCUGUGGAGGGGACUUGCGAAGGAUGCAGGGUAGAUGAAGAUUGCAUAUCAGAUGAAGGCAGAUGGCGCUGCCAGUGUAAACAGAACUUCAACAUCACAGAUGUCUCCCUCCUGGAGCACAGGCUGGACUGUGGGGCCAAUGACAUCAAGAUGUCCCUCAGCAAGUGCCAGCUACAGAGUUUGGGCUUUAUGAAGGUCUUCAUGUACCUGAAUGACAGACAAUGCUCAGGCUUCAGUGAGAGGGGUGACAGAGACUGGAUGUCUAUAGUGACCCCUGCUAGGGAUGGUCCCUGUGGGACAGUAUUGAGGAGAAAUGAAACCCACGCCACCUACAGCAACACCCUCUACCUGGCAAAAGAGAUCAUCAUCCGGGACAUCAACAUCAGAAUCAACUUUGAAUGCUCUUACCCCCUGGACAUGAAAGUCAGCCUGAAGACCUCUCUACAGCCCAUGGUCAGUGCCCUGAACAUCAGCUUGGGUGGGACAGGCAAGUUCACUGUGCGGAUGGCACUGUUCCAGAGCCCUACCUACACACAGCCUUACCAAGGUCCUUCUGUGAUGCUGUCCACUGAGGCUUUUCUGUAUGUGGGCACCAUGCUGGAUGAGGGUGACUUGUCCCGGUUUGUACUGCUAAUGACCAACUGUUAUGCCACGCCCAGUAGCAACUCCACAGACCCUGUGAAAUACUUCAUUAUCCAGGACAGAUGUCCACAUACAGAAGAUACAACCAUUCAGGUGACAGAGAAUGGCGAGUCCUCUCAGGCCCGAUUUUCUGUUCAGAUGUUCCGGUUUGCAGGAAACUCCGACCUUGUCUACCUUCACUGCGAGGUGUACCUAUGUGACUCUAUGAAUGAACAGUGUAAACCUACCUGCUCUGGUACUAGAUUGCGAAGUGGGAACUUCAUAGAUCAGACCCGUGUCCUGAACUUGGGUCCCAUCACACGACAAGGUGUCCAGGCCUCAGUGUCCAAGGCUGCUUCCAGCAACUUGAGGCUCUUGAGCAUCUGGCUACUGCUGCUCCUUCUCUCAGCCACUGUGACCCUGAUGAUUCAUUGA